CCGUGAACGCGCACCGCCUGUGUUUUUCAAGCCCUACGUCACGUGACAGCGGGAGCCUGUUGGUGGCGGCUCUUCCGUUGUCCGUUCCGUGUCGGUACCGGAUCAUGUCCUCAGGCCCAUAGCGCCCUAGAGGUCGUAUCGUCGCGGGAAUGGAGCUUAAUGACAGCUGAGACAAGACCAUAACCGGUGACAACACGGCGACUCGCGGGGGCCAGGUGCGCGCAGACUCCCCCGGUGAUGGCCUCCGGGUGUCGGUGACGCGCCCGGGAGCCGGUAAGGGGGACUGCGGCCUGGGUUCCCAGGCUCUUCACGGUACCUCGGGCACCACGGCUCCUCCUUCCUCCUCCGGGCUCACAGGCGGGGACUGCUGCUGGUGGAGGAUGUCGGGCCGCCGCUGCGCCGGGGCCUUGGGCUCGGCCUCCUCCCAUGGAGACACGGGGGCAAGCGGGGAGCCGGCCCGGGAGCUGUUCGAGGCCUGUAGGAACGGAGACGUGGAGCGGGUGAGGAAGCUGGUGAGCACCGACAACGUAAACAGCAGGGACACCGCCGGCAGGAAGUCCACGCCGCUACACUUCGCUGCAGGAUUUGGUCGGAAGGAUGUAGUGGAGUAUUUACUGCAGAGCGGUGCCAAUGUCCAUGCACGGGAUGAUGGUGGUCUUAUUCCUCUUCACAAUGCCUGUUCUUUUGGCCAUGCUGAAGUUGUCAAUCUCCUGCUGAGACAUGGUGCUGAUCCUAAUGCCCGUGACAAUUGGAACUAUACCCCUCUCCAUGAAGCGGCUAUUAAGGGCAAAAUAGAUGUCUGCAUAGUGCUUCUUCAACAUGGAGCAGAUCCAACAAUCCGCAAUACAGAUAACAGGACAGCUUUGGAUUUAUCGGAUCCAUCAGCAAAGUCAGUGCUGACAGGAGAGUAUAAAAAGGAUGAGCUCUUGGAAAGUGCACGAAGUGGAAAUGAGGAGAAAAUGAUGGCUCUGCUAAUGCCUCUAAAUGUUAAUUCCCAUGCCAGUGAUGGAAGAAAGUCAACACCACUUCACCUAGCUGCGGGCUAUAACCGUGUCAAAAUAGUACAGCUGUUACUACAGCAUGGAGCAGAUGUACAUGCCAAGGAUAAAGGAGAUUUGGUGCCACUUCACAAUGCUUGUUCAUACGGCCACUAUGAAGUGACAGAACUUCUUGUUAAGCAUGGAGCCUGUGUAAAUGCAAUGGACCUCUGGCAAUUUACUCCUCUUCAUGAAGCUGCCUCUAAGAAUCGGGUGGAGGUGUGUUCCCUCUUGCUUAGUUAUGGAGCAGAUCCCCACAUGCUCAACUGUCACAAUAAAAGUGCCAUUGAUCUGGCCCCAACACCACAGUUAAAGGAAGUAUUAGCAUAUGAAUUUAAAGGUCACUCAUUGCUAAUAGCUGCAAGAGAAUCAGACGUUGCACGCAUUAAAAAACAUCUCUCCCUGGAUAUAGUGAACUUUAGACAUCCUCAGACUCAUGAGACAGCACUACAUUUUGCUGCAUCAUCUCCAUACCCCAAGAGGAAACAAGUAUGUGAACUGCUCCUAAGGAAAGGGGCAAAUGUCAAUGAAAAGACCAAAGACUUUUUGACAACACUCCACGUUGCUGCAGAGAAGGGCCACAAUGAUGUUGUGGAGGUUUUGCUGAAACAUGAGGCAAAGGUGAAUGCAUUGGACAACUUAGGGCAGACAUCCCUCCAUCGUGCUGCACAUUGUGGCCAUUUGCAAACCUGCCGAAUUCUCCUGAACUCAGGAUGUGAUCCAGCAAUUGUAUCACUACAGGGUUUUACUGCCCUUCAUAUGGGAAAUGAGAGUGUGCAACAACUCCUCCAAGAAGGCUUAUCGUUCAGUAAUACAGAUGCUGACCGGCAGUUGCUGGAAGCUGCAAAAGCUGGAGACAUAGAAACAGUAAAAAAACUAUGUAACUCACAAACAGUUAACUGCCGGGAUGUAGAAGGACGUCAGUCUACACCGCUCCAUUUUGCUGCAGGAUACAAUCGAGUGGCUGUAGUGGAAUACCUGUUGCAACAUGGUGCUGAUGUUCAUGCAAAAGAUAAGGGGGGCUUGGUUCCAUUACACAAUGCAUGUUCGUAUGGACACUAUGAGGUAGCAGACCUGCUUGUUAAACAUGGUGCAGUUAUUAAUGUUGCAGAUUUGUGGAAGUUCACACCUUUACAUGAAGCUGCAGCAAAAGGAAAAUAUGAGAUUUGCAAGCUACUGCUUCAGCAUGGAGCGGAUUCAACAAAGAAGAACAGAGAUGGUAAUACGGCAUUGGAUCUGGUCAAGGAUGGUGAUACAGACAUUCAGGAUCUUCUUCGUGGUGAUGCUGCCUUAUUAGACGCUGCUAAGAGAGGCUGUGUGGCACGAGUUAAGAAAUUGUGCACACCGGAAAAUGUCAACUGCAGGGAUACACAGGGCAGGCAUUCAACCCCCUUACAUUUAGCCGCUGGCUACAAUAAUUUGGAAGUUGCUGAAUACUUGCUACAACACGGCGCUGAUGUAAAUGCACAAGAUAAAGGAGGACUAAUCCCAUUGCACAAUGCAGCGUCUUAUGGGCAUGUGGACGUUGCCGCUUUACUUAUAAAAUACAAUGCAUGUGUUAAUGCCACUGACAAGUGGGCUUUCACACCGCUUCAUGAAGCUGCUCAGAAAGGAAGAACUCAGCUUUGUGCUCUGCUGUUGGCACAUGGGGCAGAUCCUACUUUGAAAAAUCAAGAGGGACAGACCUCAUUAGACUUAGUUACAGCUGAUGAUGUACGCGCUCUCCUUACAGCUGCUAUGCCCUCAGCUGUUCUACCAACAUUUUAUAAACCUCAGGUGAUCAGUGUUGCCCAGCCAACAAACCCAUUGGUGGGAGCUUUGUCAUCUGUACCCUCUAGUCCGCCAACCCUCUCUGCUGCCAGUAGCUUGGAAAACUUAGCUGCCAGCUUCCCUGAUACACCAUCUGGAAACAGUGCUGUUGCUGAGGGAGCUGUCGGUUUGGAGAAAAGGGAAGAAGUAUCCGGCGUUGAUCUCAGUAUUAAUCAGUUCUUGAGAAACCUUGGACUUGAUCACUUAAUAGACAUCUUUGAGAGGGAGCAGAUAACCCUAGAUGUCUUAAUUGAAAUGGGACACAAAGAGUUCAAGGAGAUUGGAAUAAAUGCUUAUGGGCAUAGACAUAAGAUCAUAAAAGGCGUUGAAAGGCUUAUUUCAGGUCAACAAGGUUUAAAUCCAUACUUGACACUGAACAACUCUAAUAGUGGGACUAUAUUAAUUGACCUUGCUCCAGAUGAUAAAGAGUUUCUUUCUGUGGAUGAAGAGAUGCAGAGCACAGUCAGGGAACAUCGAGAUGGAGGACAUGCAGGUGGAGUUUUUAACAGAUAUAAUAUCUUAAAGAUUCAGAAGGUAUGUAAUAAAAAGCUCUGGGAAAGGUACACUCACCGGAGGAAAGAGGUUACAGAGGAAAACCAUAAUCACGCUAAUGAAAGAAUGUUAUUCCACGGUUCCCCCUUUGUAAAUGCAAUUAUUCACAAGGGGUUUGAUGAAAGGCAUGCUUACAUUGGUGGCAUGUUUGGAGCUGGCAUUUACUUUGCAGAAAACUCAUCAAAAAGCAACCAGUAUGUUUAUGGCAUUGGUGGAGGCACAGGAUGCCCAAUUCACAAGGACCGGUCUUGUUAUGUUUGCCAUAGACAGCUGCUGUUUUGUCGAGUUACACUGGGGAAAUCUUUCCUUCAGUUCAGUGCAAUGAAAAUGGCUCAUUCUCCUCCUGGUCACCACUCGGUCACUGGCCGGCCUAGUGUCAAUGGGCUUGCUCUCGCUGAAUAUGUGAUCUACAGAGGAGAACAGGCGUACCCCGAAUACUUAAUCACAUAUCAAAUAGUAAAGCCUGACACUGCAGCGGAAGGAUGAGAGCCUGGAUCCUGGACUACACCACCUUCUCUGUGCAAACUACAUCUGUGAUGGCAGCCAGAGAGAGACUUAUACUAAACACUUGGAAUGCGUACAGAGACUUCAAGCUUUAAGCAAUGUUUAGUAUAUUUCCUGAACAUUCACAAAAUCUUUUGUUUAUCAGCACUUUAACAGACGCCAUUCUUGAUAUAAAUGGGUUUGUCUAUAUUCCACACAAAGCAAUGUAUCGCAUUAACUUGAAUUUUAAUUCAUUAUUUCUUUUUGUUGUCUUUUUUUUUUCUUUUUUUAUGCAACACAUUGAAGCCUCUAAUUGGAUUCCUGUAAAGAUGCUUCACUAGAAUUGUGUAUUUUAAAACACAGCAUUUACACUGAAUACAGUUAAUUUGUACAACUGUAAAUAAGAACUUUUGUACUAGCCUGGUAUUUAUUUACAUUGCUUUGUAAUAUAGUCUUUUAAAAUGACAACUUGUACAGAGGAGAAAAGAUGCACAAUGUACUUUUAUUUGACUGAAGCCUUGGGCUGUCCUUUGUGUACCACAAUGCUGGCCGUUAUGUACCCAAUAUCAGGAUGAUCUAAAAAGUUGCAGAUUGCCCUGAAAAAUGAAGUUCCACAAUAUGUAGUAAUAUCGUAUUGCACGUGUGCUUACUUAAAGGGGUACUCCACUGGAAAACUUUUCUAAAUCAAUUGGUGCCAGAAAUUUACUUCUGUUUAAAAAUCUUAAUCCUUCCAGUACUUAUCAGCUGCUGUAUGUUGCACAGGAAAUUCAUUUCUUAAUUCUCUUUCUGCCUGACCACAGUGCUCUUUGCGGACACCUCUGUCCAUUUUAGGAACUGUCCAGAGUAGGAGCAAACCUCUCCUGCUCCGGACAGUUCCUAAAAUGGACAGAGGUCAGAAGUCAGCAGAGAGCACUGUGGUCAGACAAAGACAGAAAUUCAAAAAGAAAAGAACUUCCUGGGGAACAUACAGCAGCCUUUAAGUACUGAAAGGAUUAAGAUUUUUAAAUAGAAGUAAUUUACAAAUCUGUUUAACUUUCUGGCACCAGUUGAUUUAAAAAAAAGAAAAACAUGUUUUCCAGUGGAGUACCACUUUAAUCUCUAUUUUAGGACAAAGAUGGAAGCUUUUCAUCUAGGGGAAAACCAAAAUGUUUUUUAUUGUUUAUACAAAAAAAGUUACAGUAAACCGUGUCCAUUUUACUGAUAAUAGGCAUAUAUAUAUAUAUAUAUAACUAUGAUACAUUGUUCCUGAGAACUCUUCUCUAACUAGUAUGUUCUAUACUUAACCAAGAGCCUCCACACUUUAACUUCUAAAUGAGCUCCUUCAGAAGUAGAUAGGUUCCUGUUAAUAACUAUCAGGAGGAUUAUAGGGGUUAUCCAGGAAUAAAAAUACAGAGCUGUUUUCUUGCAGAAACAGCGCCACUCUUGUCCUUAGGUUGCAUGUGAUAGUGUAGCUCCGUUCCUUUGAAGUGAAUAGAGCCAGGUUGUAAUACCACCCACAACCUAAGGACAGGGGUUGUGCUGUUUUUAGGGGAAAAAAAUAAUUGCUCUGUUUUUUCUAUUCUUGCAUAACCCUUUUAAGACCCCCCGAGCCUCCACCAGUUGAUUUUAGAGUGCAGCAUUAGGUUUACAAUGGUGUGUGUGUAUGUAAUCUAUUCAAUUCAGCAUAAUCUAGGUGAAAACUGCACAUUUUAAAAGGUCACCUCGGCCUGACUGUUAGCCGGAAGCAUCAGGUGCCCAAACGCUUCUCUCUCAGCCUAAGAGAAUUUUGGGAGACUGAGCUGUGUGACUCCAGAACCUCUGAAACCCUGUACCUGUGGUGUCCUUAACUCAAUGCACCAUUCUUUUUUUUUUCAAUCACAAAUUGAGGACUGUCCCCACUAAAACAGGAGUAUGGUCAGUGUGCAUGUUAGCCCGUGAAAUGUACAUUUGGCUUCAGCAUACAUACCUAUAGAACGAUGCAAGUUCAGUGUUUUAGGAUUCUAGCAGUUACGCUGGCCUAGGUUAUGUCUCUUGGACAUGUCAUAUCCAGACCAGUGUUUUCCAAACAGGGUGCCUCCAGCUGUUGCAAAACUACAACUCCCAGCAUGCCCGGACAGCCUUUGGUUGUCCGGGCAUGCUGGGAGUUGCAGUUUUGCAACAGCUGGAGACACACUUAAUGGAUAACACUGCUCCAGAUUAACUGCAACAACCAGGUGACUCUUACAAGGUAAUUUACAUAUCUCAGAUUCUCUUUUCAUUACAUAUAGGCAUUAUUUUAACCUUAUGCCAUGCCAUAUAACGGAUUGAUGGCGGUAUGGGGGUCUUAAAUCCUCCUGACAGAUUCCAUUUUAAAGGCAAAUAAAAAAAAUCAAGGCUGUGUGAUUCAGUGUAAGCUGCAGGUCAGCAAGUUUCAGGAUAAGUUCCACUGUUGCAUUUGGGUGGCGGGUUUAAUUGAAAAAUCAGUAGUGGAUUAUGGAGCAGGGUGACGCCUUUCUCUUUUAAAUCCAUUGCUGCUUAUUCAGUAAAAUAAAAAUACAGCUAAAAUUUGAGGUGUGACAGAGUUGACUUUUUAUUCUAGUAUAAACAACAUACUUGCCUUCCUCAGUGUCCCAAACACAGAAAGUGCUGUGCAACCUGAUAGUCUCCAGGAGCACUAUGGCCGGAGCAAGUUACUAUAUGGCUUUUUAUUGUUUCCUCUUCCCCGAGGCUGAACAUGAAUAAAAAAAUGAAUACCCCAAGUGGAUGUAUUUAAUCUGCUGACAUGAACUCUGUAUCUUACUCUUUAAUUCCUCUUGGAAAUUUAUGAAUCAGUUGAUAGCUGAGUAUUUUCUUUACCAGCAGGGUGUGUUCAUGCAGCCUGACAGCGUCCCUUGGACAGCAUCAGGGUGUGUAGGGUGCGUCUCUUUACUAAGUAAGGUAGUAGAUCACAAUUUUUCUAAUUAUUUUUAUUAGAAAAACAAUCGGAAUACUGCAACUGGUUUCUUGGGAUGAUACCAAACUGUUAUUUCCUCUUUAUAUUCACAUAUUUGAUGUGCAGGAUUUGAAGCUGCAGAGUUUAACGUAAAUUAAAUGACUGAACACACCAUCAAAUCCUGAUCAUCAUGUGCAGGAUACUGUACUUGUUCAUACACCCUUAAAAGGGUACUCUGCUGCCCCAGCCUUCGGAACAUUUUGUUCCGAAUGCUUGGAGAAGGCGGCGGGGUCGUGACAUCACUUCACACCCCCCUCAAUGUCUAUGGAAGUGGGCGUGACUGCCACCCUGCACCGUCCCAUAGACACAUUGAGGGGGAGUGGUGUGACAUCAUGAGGUGCACAGCUGUGACGUCACGACCCUGCCGUCCGCACCCAGUCAUGUGCUGCACAGAGAUUGUUGGGGGUCCCAGCGGCAAACCCCCGUGAUUAGACAUCUUAUCCCCUAUCAUUUGGAUAGGGGAUAAGAUGUCUAGGGGCAGAGUACCUCUUUUUAUGUCUCCAUGAAAAAAAAGUUAGUACCUAAUCCUGACCAUGUACAUGUUUAUGCCUCUAACCUAUAUUAUAAAAAUCCCUCUUUUCAUUAGCUCACAGUGUUAGGCUGGGUUCCCAUUACGUUUUCGCACAUACGGCAGGGGAGAGCUAAAAAGUUGCGCUCCCGUAUAUAAUUCAUUUCAAUGAGCCGACCACAGUGAAACAUUUGGUCAGCUAAUUAUUGCCCCGUAUGCGCUUUUUUCCCCUGCCCCUAAAACUGUAGUCGACCACGGUUUUAGGUCCGGUUGUAAAAGCGCAUACGGGGCAAAAAUGAGCCAACCGAACAUUUCACUGAGGUCGGCUCAUUGAAAUGAAUUACAUACGGGAGCGCAUAGAAAGGCAUACGGGAGCGCAGGUUUUUAGCUCUCCCCUGCCGUAUGCGCUCCUGUAUGAGGGAAAACGUAAUGGGAACCCAGCCUUAGAAAUCCUCUCAGGAGAAGGGGGCUUUUCCCUCCCUUGUGGUGGGUGGAGGUGAUUGUCUGCUCAGGAAGCCUUGUCCAUGAGUCAUCACUUGUCCCUGACUCAUGGACAAGCCUGAUGCUGCUGCAGGACUGAUUAGUGUCCCAGUAGGUAUGGGGACCCAUAGUGGAGGGAUUUUAAGGAGCUGUUUUCUAUAUUAAAUAUUCAAAAAAUGUUUAACAACCAUAUUACAAAAGGUCUUUAAUUUUCAUCAGUAACAAGAUAUAAAAAGAUUUUGGAUCUGACGGUGCCAAUUUAAUUUUAGUGGAGUAUUAGGACUGUUGAGAAAGUAGAUUCAGAUCUGCAAUGUCAUUUAAAAGCAGUUCAGGAGUGGGUAAGAAUAUGAGAGAAAAAGCUGUAUUGUAGACUGUCAGACAUAUGAGCUUUCAGUGUAAUGAGAUUUAUGGAAGUAUAACAUACUGUAGGUGUCUAAUGUAGAAAAGGUGCCAGUGCUAAAAAAAAAAGUUACGAGCUUUCACUAUUGCUUUAUUGCUCUACUUGCAUCCUAAAAUGGUGAAUAUUAAAAUGCUUCUGUGCCACCCUCAUAAGUACUAUAAUAGAAGAGAUUAUGAUCUCCAUUACUGGCCUUGAAUGUUCCAUGUGCAUUACUGAGCAAUAAUCAAAGGGUUUUGCUUUUAAAAUAGUCUGACUACAUUUUCUGUAUAAUAAUUUUUUUUCCCCAAUGGGAUUUAUUUUCUAAAGGAUGCAAUGCUCCUAACAAAGUACAUUGGUUUACUCACCCUUGUUGUUCUUGGUGCCAAGGCCAGGAGUGAUUAUAUGAGGAAAACAUAAAGGAAAUUGACUUUUUGUAUCCCCUAUAUGUUUUUACACCAAGAACUUCUUGUGUAAAUCCUAACCCCCGUGUUCUGCAUUCCUCAGUUUAUAAAAGUUAAAUUUAGCCUUUGUUCGUUUGGAAAAAAAAAAUUAACAAAAAAAAAGGAAAAAAAAAAGGAAAAAAAAAAGUUUGCAAGUUUGAACCUUGGCUUUUGUCUAAUGCCUCUACUACCACUUCCAGUGGAUCUAUAAAGGUGUGCAGUUUGGUUUUGUACCCUUCUACGUGUAAGCUUAAAUGUGUAUACUGUAGGUAGGACAGCUGUAUGUGUUUUGGGCACAUUUUUACUAAUCAUUUUGUACCUGAUAAAUAUUUUGUGGCAUACAGGGUUGGAUCUAGCGUUCUAGUAGGCACAGCUUGGCGUUCUGUCACUGAACACUUACGUUCCUAUCAUUACCAGAGGGGAGAAGUUCAGAUACAAAGGCUUAAUGUUGUCCUUGGUUUUAGAACUCAAUGCAGAAGUCAUACACAAUGAAGAACUUUACAUAACUUAAGAUAUAUAAAUAAAUACUGUAUACACUUUGCUUGACAUUUAGUCUGUAACCUUGGAUGACUGUUAUGUGCUUUCCUAUGUUCCUAAUAAAAAUGUGCAUUUGUCAAACUGA